AUGUCCAGUACGCAGGUUGCGUACGAACCACACGAACCACCACCUGCAUACGACCCGGGCCGCACAAGGCGGAUGUCCGUAGGCCGCGAUGCUGAAGGUGGCAGACAGCGGGACGGGCAAACGAGAGCGCUCAACGGACAGAAGGCGGUGAUUGAGCAGCGGACGGAGCAACUGCGGAUGCAGGAGACCUUGCCGCCUGGGCCCUUGGCGCAGAGGCACUGA